UCUGGUCAUCAUCUCCUAAACCCUCGUUUUCUUCUGAAAUCGUUUCCCCUUUUCUUUUAUGUGAUAAUAAAGUGGGAGAAACUGGAAAGAAAUUGAAGGAGAGAGAGAGAGAGAGAGAGGGGGGGAGCCCCAAACCCUACUCCUCCUCGGACGCAAUCGAAGCUUCGUUAGAUCUCGUUCGGUUGAUCGCAAUGCGUUGGUGUGAGUAGAGGGGAAUGAGCGAUUGCGCUAGGGUUUGGUGUUUUCGGUCGGUCGAUUGCGGGGGGGGAGCUGCGAUUUGGUCGCGAUGGCCGUGAAUUACCUGUACACGUCGGUCGUGGCCACGUCGUUGAGCGUUGUCGGGUUGAUUUGGUGGUCGGUGUCGUUUCUUGAUGGGUUGAAGGGGGAUGGUGCGGCGAGCUCGGAUCGUCCCUUGGAUCUCCUCUUGGGAUCGCAUGUUACCAUCGCCUUGUUGGUCAAUCUUGCGAUCAAUUUGUUCUUUCUGCUCAUUCUCUGCUUGAAGAGUAUAUUCUUUGUGCAGCUUCAUCCUUCGGAAACUCGAAAACUGCUGGAACGCAUUAUUAAUUAUGUUAUUUACAAGGGAACAUUUCUUCCAUUGGUUGUGCCACCUAAUGUUGUCCAAGUGUCUUUGUGGUCAACUUGGCUGAUCUUUCUUUGUUCUCUAAAGAUGUUUCAAUCACUGGCCAAAGAUCGGCUUGAACUGUUAAAUGCUUCCCCUACUGCAACACCAAUGAAAUAUCUGCGCGUUUAUUCUGCCUUGCUGCUGGUUCUAUCUGCUGAUUUUCUAUGGAUGAAGUUUUGUACUACAAUAUAUGGAUCCUAUAGUUCUCCCUUGUUUGUGCUGCUGUUCUUUGAGCCUCUCAGUAUUGCAUUUGAGACAUUACAGGCUAUCAUGGUGCAUGGUUUUCAGUUAUUUGAGAUUUGGCAACGUCAUUCAAUGGACAGUGGAGCUGAUUUCUUUGACUUCCAAGCUUCUUAUAAAAAAGCAGCAGGAUCUCUUUAUGAGUGGAGGGGAAUACUUAUCAGAAAUUGCGGUUUUCUUGUUGACUUGAUGACUCUGUCAAUGGCACUAGGUCAUUAUUUGAUGAUCUGGUGGCUUCGAGGAAUGGCGUUUCAUCUAGCCGAUGCAGUUCUUGUUCUGAACUUGCGUCAGGCUCUCGUAACUGCAAUUUUCAAGAGGAUUAAAGCAUACAUUAAGUUACGGAAGGCCCUAAGUUCACUAAAUGGGGCGCUUCCUGAUGCUUCGUAUGAAGAACUUUGUGCAUACAAUGAUGAAUGCGCCAUCUGCAGAGGGCCGAUGGCUAGGGCUAAAAAGCUGUCAUGCAGUCACCUUUUUCAUCUUGCUUGCUUGCGGUCAUGGUUGGAUCAGGGAUUAACAGAAGUUUAUUCUUGUCCCACAUGUCGGAGACCUCUCUUUCUGUCUGCUCCCCAGAGGCACACUGGCUCCAUUGCGGAAGAUGCUGCUGAUGGUCAGCAACUUGCUGAGCAGUUCAAUUUGGGGUUGAACCAGCAAGGAAUUCCCGGACACGCACUGCCUGUUGGUGCAUUUCCUGAUCAGCAACAGAAUCCUUCUGAUGCAGUUUGGAGUAGAGGUGCUGGCCUUGAUUCUGGCUGGGUGCCAUCUUGGUCAAAUUCUGGAACGGAGGGUGCCGGCUCAUCCAGUGCGAUUCGUUCAGUUGGGCUUAGUGGAGUCCAAAUGAUGAUGAGGCAGUUGGCUUCUGUGAGCGAGAAUUAUUCCCAAGGCGGUUCUUCUUGGAACCUAUGGCCAUCUCAUUCUACCGCAGGUUCAUCAGCGGCUCAAUCUUCAUCCCAUGCAUACAACAGAGGUGCUUCUGGCCUGCGGUUCAGAAGCACUUCUCCCGCUAAUGGAAACAUGACGGAGGUACUUUCCAUGGCUGAAAGAGUACGGGAGGUUUUGCCGCACAUCCCUGAUGAACUAAUCAUUCAGGAUUUACUUAGAACCAACAACAUCAACAUUACUGUGAAUAAUCUUCUUCUGAUGCAAUAAUAACCGAAUCCAGUUAUGGUGUAUAAAUGUGCUCUUUUAAUAGCAAUGAAGGUAAGUGAAAUCUAUGUAUACUAGGAAGCAGCUGAGAAAGGUGAGCUUGGGUGUCAACGACUCUUAUUCGCUGCAAUAAAUUUGUUUCAUUUGUUUUGCUCUUGGAAUCC